AUGGAAAUGUUACGAACUGAACGUAGCUUAAAACUUUGUUUUACACCAUUGUAUAUGUUGGAUCAUUCUGAUUUAAAAGUCUGUUACCUCAAUGCACGAUCUCUGCAUAAACACAUUGAAGAUGUUUGGAAAGACAUCAAUUACUCCUCAACUGACAUUGUAAUAUUUACUGAGACAAGGUUUAGUCCAUUGGACCCUGAUGAAAUGUACAAUAUAAAUGGUUACAGACUAUUUAGAAACGAUAUUUCUCAAUUUUCUGGUCCUGGAAGACCAUAUGGUGGAACAGCUGUUUAUAGCCGAAUCCCUUUAAAAGAAGGUUAUCGAUAUGCUCACAACACUAAUGGAAUUGAGUUUACAAUUAUCAAAACCGAAAGUCACCCAAACCUGACUAUAAUUGGGUUGUAUCGUUCUCCCAGUAUUGCUUUAUCACGCCUACUUUCUGCUCUUCGAACUAUUCUUGAUCAAGAUUCCUCUUCACAAAACAUAUUCAUUGGAGACUUUAAUAUUAACUGGAUGGCGGAAACUGACCAGCAAUCGCUUUACAACCUAAUGCUUAGAGAAAAUGACUACCGACAAUUAAUAUCAUCUUUUACAACAGAUAACAGAACAUUAAUUGAUCAUUUAUAUACAAAUUUGAUUGAGGAAGAAAUUAAUGCUGGCAUUCUUGAAACCUACUUUAGUGAUCAUAAAGCUAUAUGGGCUUCAGUCAAACGGUAA